UAAACACGGGCCGCGUAUCUACUCGGUCGUCGGUGGUCACGCUAAAGAAGAUGCCGAUAAACAUAAGGAGUGCAUUCAUCGCAAGCUUCAUGAUGAUGUGAUUAAAUGCAAAAGUGGGGAUCUCGCAUGUCCUGCACAUGCAUGGCGGGGAGCACACAUGGUUCCUACGGAUGGUACAAGCGGGUCAUCUCAUGCCUCUGGCAAACAGAUUCUGUCCGAUGACGAGCAAUCGCCGCUAACCGCGGAACAGGAUUGCGGAGGGGAUGCAUGCGCUGAAUCAUCUGAACCAAUCAAUAAGAAAGCAGUCAUCAUUGGAAUCAACUAUGCAGGGAAUAUGAGCCUUCCACAGUUGAACGGCUGCCAUAACGAUGCAUUCAAUAUGAAGCAAUGUCUCGUUAAAUGCCGCGGCUUUCUUGAGGAACACAUUACGUUGUUGAUUGAUGACGGCAACAACGCCACACCCCAACCCAACCGCCAGACCAUCAUCCAGGAACUGAGGAAUCUUGUACAAGACGCGCAGUCUGAUGACUGGCUGUUCCUUCACUUCUCAGGGCACGGAGCCCAACUGCCGGCUAUCGAGCAGGAUGAAGUAGACGGGAAGGACGAAGAUAUUCUUCCAAGCGACUAUGAUGCGGUUGAGCCUAUACGCGAUAACGAAUUAAAUGAUAUUCUGGUCAAACGUCUCCCGAGGAGAUGUUUAUUGACAUGUGUUUUCGAUUCUUGUCACUCCGAGUCAAUAAUGGAUCUCCCGCUUGUCUACAACGGUGAUAAUUACUUACAUAGUGAAGUAACGGAAGCGUUCAGAGAGGCAAAAGGCUCUUUGGGUCAUGUCGCGUGCUUCAGCGCUUGCGUGGACGAGGGGACCGCCCAAGAGAUACGCAAGGGGGGAAUGGAUGUUGGCGCGUACACCAACGCAUUGAUUCAGGUCAUGGAAAUGCAUCCGCAUUGUACAUGUGUACAAUGCGUGCAGGAGGUGAACAAAAUCUUGAAGGAAGAGGAACUGACGCAGACGGCGCACGUGUCUGUCGUAGAUAAACGAGACAUCAGACAGGACAUAUUCUUCGGAAGAGCUUGCCCGGUGGUAUCAUCGACUCAUACCAUGUAGGUUUCUGGACUAUCACUACGAGAGAUUCUUUCUAUGAUAAUCAGCAAUCCUGACCUGAUCAUUGUCACUCGCUUUGUCUAAAUUAAUUGUCGUCUCUUUCGCU